GCGCAGCACCGUCCACGCGUAUCCAUUGGGACCAGCUGGCCCCACGCGUGGGAGAAGAGCGCACUCGAGAAACGGUACGCUGCAUACACCACGGCAAAUGCCGCGAGAAGCGACAGACUGCUGGGCUUGGCGCGGUUCCGGAGCAGAAAGAAAGACAGAGAGUGGAUGGAAUGCCGAUUCUGAGCCGGAGUACGCAGUUUUUGCGAGCUCGGCCCGCUCCAUGCUGCGGUGUACGACAACUCCUUGCACUGGGCGAUGUAAUGCAAUUUCCCCAAGAAGGCCGAGGCGCGACAUGGGCGACGAGAAAAACCAUCCUCGGUCCAUGCAGAUUCUCAUCCGUGCAACCAGAGAUGCCCUCGGACAGGAGAAUCCCACAGAUUACUACUUGGAGAAGAACUCAUGGGCUAGCUUGUUCCCCAAAGUUCAGCAUUGCAUGGUACUCCAGCGCGCGGCUGAUUGGGUGGAAAGUCCCGUAGAUACAUCCAGUGAGAGUUCGACAGAAAGCAAAGACUUGAAAUAACAUUGUCGGCGUGCUCGCUCGUCCUAAUUGCAUAGCCACAGUCACCUGAUGGGCGCCGGAACAAGGCUAGCCCGGGAAUCCCAUUGCUGUCUGUUCCGAACCGCUUUCCAGUGCGGUCUCCGUUUCUUCCGAAGCGCACUCCCAAUCACUGAGCCGGGAAUCAUCUGCACACUGAGCGCAUGGGACCUGAUGAGCGAAUCGGCCCUGGGGACUGCAGCUUAAUCAAGCACAGCGCAAUGUACAAGGCCAACGGGAACAGCAGCCUCAGCUACCUCUCGGUCUGAGGAUGGAACACAAACCCGCUCAUUGAGGACUGCAUCACGGAGAACGUUGGGACAUACGACUCUUCGACUGGCCUGUCCCAGGUCGGCACGCUCUCCUCUCGCGGCUCCAGCUACAGCAUCUACCGGACCCAGCGCGUCCAUGCGCUAUCGGUCUCCGACACCGCGACCUUAGACGAGUUUUGGUCCAUGCGCAUGCGGCGAGGCCUUGAACAUAUGGACAGUAGCGCAGUUCCUGCGAGCCUCCCUCUUGCUCCGCUCCCAUGGCAAACUCACAACCCACAUCGUACUCGCCCACAAUCCCACGCACUGCUGGAGACAAUGAUUGGAAGACGUUACCCGACGAUGCAAUCGAAAACCGCGAGAGAAGAUCAUUGGCAAGAAACUGAACAAGCGGCCGUUUGCUGAAGACGUUCUCUCGACUACGAACCUCUUGGAAACGGAUCUCACGCAAAGCCGAUCGUCAUUGGGACUCAGAGAUCAAAAUUUCAUUGAUUUGACGUAGUGCAGAUGUGCAUGCACGAGCUGUCGCCCGAUGACUUGACCAGCGCGACGACGGACCAGUCCGAGGCCAAGUUCUACCGCCGCUAUCUCCCGGAGAGGCUUGCCGCCACUAACAGAAUGUCGAUUCGUCAAAUGGCGCGGGGACAGUUUCGUUGGAUGCGGGUACCAAGGAGGGCAAGGAGGAUCUGAAGGAAGCGGGAGGCGCAGACGCAGACAAAGCCGAUGAAGAGAACGGCAAGGCCCUAAUUCGACGCAUCGCUGUUUAGAGCUCUUUUACACGUCUUCUGGCGCAUCGUGGGUAGGAGCAUCCUCAAGCUACUGUCUCCUCAGCAAGGCAUCCAUUCACCUCAUUUUGAAUGUUGUGCACGCACUGGACGGAUUCGUCCUCCCUUUUUCGUGAGAUGGAAUCGCCAGAGAUCCCUCCUCCUGGCCAUGAUUGGAGAGAUGCCCCGGACGGAGGGUACCGUUGUCUUCGGUGGAUGCAUUGGCUACGUGGCCCAAUCAGCUUGGAUUCGGAAUGCGACACCGGGACACAACAUCACCUUCGGUCAGGAACUCAAACUCGACCAUUCCAAGGAUGUCGUCAGAGCUUACAAUCUCGAACACGACCUCGAGAUGUUGCCUCAUGGUUCAAAGAUGGAGCGAGGAAUCAAUCUGCCUGGAGGCCAGUGAGUUCGUGUUGCCCUGGCCUGUGUAGCGUAUUCGUCCCCAGACAUCGUGCUGCUGGACGACCCGCUGAGCGCCCGGUCGAAACCAAGCCAUCGGACUCCCUCAUGCGGUCGACACUCUACGCGUCGUACACGGAAACACUUACUGGCCGCUCGACGAUCCGGGCCUACACGGCCAGAUCACUUUUCAAGGCCAUCGAUCGGGAUGGCGUAUCAAGAAGGGACGUUUCUCGAAAGCGUCACAAGUGGCUGAGUACGAGUCAGAACGCUGUUCUGAAUCUGUUGGACAAGGGGCACUUGAUCUUGGGCUCGCUCGGCAACGAGGCAAACCUUUCGAGGGCGGAUAUCCUGCGUGUCCGAGCUGAUAAUGUAUACGAUACGAAACGCUCACGACAUACCACUCUUUACAUACGGCUUGUAUAUCCUACAUAGAGUCGAUAUUUGUAUGAAUGGGAUACACGACUUGACAUCAUGCCUCACAGCCUCACAGGCUGUGAGAGCGAGUGGUG